AUGAUGCUUUUGCGAGCAACAAGGCUAUUGCGUGUGUCAAAACGCACCGUGGCCUCCGCUGGUGCACAGGGGGCUGUGAAGAGAGCCACCACAACUGCUGCAGCACCUGUGGCCGAGUCCACGACCUUGCGUGAGGCCCGAGCAGCGGCAGCAACAAAAGCCGCAGGGCAGCGUAAGCCCCUGCAUCACAGCCGCGGCGGCAGUGGUGAUAGCACCAGGCCUGUGACAUCCCUUCAGGCCUCCGCACAGCUGAAAGGCGUGCGAACGAUAUCAAAGGCGUCCAGUUUUGUGCCAGACCACCGCGAGAAGGUUCUGCAAAUAUUUCAGCGUUUGGCGGAGAUUAACAAUGCGCUUCAGGAAAGGUACAAGGCGCAGUCGUACCAGAUUGCUGUGGACAACCUAAAGAGGGAUGACUUCAUCUUUGUGCACCUGCCACCGAACAUUCUGCCGCCCGGCGUGGAUGACGCGAAGAGGACGGAGCAGCUGAACGCCGUGAGUGCGACACCGGUGGUGGGAGAGAAACUUAAAGCCAAAAUUGUGGAGAUUCUCUCAAUGGGUGACCUCGCCGAGCUCCACAGUUUGCAGGCAAAGCCCAUCAUUCGCGCCAUUCAGGAGCUCACGCAGGUGCAUGGCGUCGGUCCCCGUACCGCAGUGACAUUUUACAAGAAAUACGGCAUCAAAUCCGUGGCCGAGCUGCAACAACGCGUGAAGGAUCACGAGGCGGAGAAGGGUAUUGGAGAUGGGGAUAGGGAUGGUGGCAAUUGCGGUAAUAGUGGUGGUGCCAAGAAGGGUUCCAAAAAAACUUCAGCGGGGGAUGAAGAUCCUGUCCUGCACCUCACUGAGGCACAGCGGUUAGGGCUCAAGUACCAUCGUGACAUUAUGCAGCGCAUCCCGUACGAAGAAGUAAGACUGCACGAAGCAUUUUUAAAGCUGAGACUGCGGAAGUACCUGGGAAAGGGCUAUGAGCUCUCCAUCUGUGGAAGCUACCGACGGCGACAGCCAACAUCGGGUGACAUUGAUGUGCUCAUUACGCGCAAGAUGAACGGCAAAGGUCCCGCCAUUCGCCGAACGAAGAGCAAAAAAGGCGGUCAUCAUCAUAGUGAUGAGCAGGUUCUGGCACCACAGGAGGUUCUCGCGGCCUUCGUGGAGGCCCUCAAGCGGGAGCGAUACAUCGAGGCGACACUGGCGCAAGGGGCGACAAAGUUUAUGGGGGUAAGUCGGCUGAGGAGUUAUAACUACAAUGCGGGUGCGACAAGCCCAAAGUUGUACCCGGCACGGCGGCUCGAUAUUCGUUUUGUGGAGCCGGAGUGUUUCCCUGCGGCGCUGCUGUACUUUACUGGCAGCAAGCACUUUAACGUCGUCAUGCGGGCAGAAGCGAUCAAGCAGAACUUUGUUCUAAAUGAAUACGGCCUCUUCCACAAUGAUGCAGCGACCACCGUUGCUGCCGCCGCCGAGGACAAUGCAGUCGAUGGCAGCAGUAGUUGUAGUAGUGGUAGCAGCGGCGGCAACAGCAAGAAUAAGCCUAAUAAUAACAAUAGUAAUAACGGUGGUGGGGGCAACACGGCCCGAGGCCGGUGGAAUGCGGAGGCAUUUCAGAAGUUGGUCCGGGCACAGUACUACUCCGCUAAGUCUCCCGCAUUUAUGGGUGAUGACGAUGGCCACGGUGAAGAGGACGACGACGGCGAAGAUGGUGCUGACGGGGCUGGCGAGGAUACACGUAGCAAGAAGCACGGGAAGAAGGUUUCAGCAGCACGGCAGCGGCAACAGCAACAAGAACUUGCCGCUCUCUGGCGUGAGGUGGAGUCACGGCGAGUGAAGGUGAAACACGAGCGUGACAUCUUUGAUGCAUUAGGCAUGACGUACGUUCAGCCCGAGCAACGCGAGAUGUGA